AUGUCUGCCUUUCUGUCCGCUCUGCGUCCCGGCCUGCGCGCCUCUUCCGGUGCCGCCCGCUCUUUCAGCUCGUCCACGCCGUGCUCCGUUGCUCGUAUGACCAUCACCGGCCGUAUUGCCAGUGAGCCCGAGCUGCGCGCCACCGCGUCUGGCUCGGAAGUCGUCAAAUACACCGUGGCCACCAACACCGGCUCCAAGGACAACCGCCAAUCGAGCUUUUUCCGCGUGACGAGCUUCUCCAGCGGAUCUCAGCGCGACGUCAUCCUCAACAUGGGCAAGGGAACCCUUGUCUACUUCGAGGGCGACGCCAGCAUGCGCCAGUUCGAGAAUGCCGAGGGCGUAAAGACUACCACCCUCAACCUUGUCCAGCGCCACAUCGAGAUCCUCAAGAGACCCUACAGACCCGAGAACACGCUCGAGAACCAGUCCGAGUCCGAGCCCACCAACUAA